AUGGCGAACCAGGCGAAAGGCUCCAGAUGGGGCUCGUUCCUGUCUUCAGCCGUAGCGGGUGUCGAGGCCCGGCUGGAUACCAUCCUGGCGGAGGGGGAUGAGUCUGGGAAGCCGCAAGCGAAGCCCUCGACACCUUCAAAUGGUGCGCAAGCCCAGAACAAGCCUUCCGCUCCGUCUAGAUCUGCCUCGACGAACCGCGCAAACGAUCGAUUGCAAGAGAGGCUGGCCCGCGCUGUUGCUGCUAAGAAUGCUGCCGCCGGCCAGAGGACAGAGGCGUCGUCAGCACGAACGUCGACCGCCCCUAGCCCCCGGCAGAGUGUCGAUGCUGCGAGCCGUGGCUCGACCGACAGCACAGAUCGCCCUAAGGAGACCGAACUGGAGACGACAUCCGUGCGGGGCUCUCAAGAUGGCGUCGCGCGUCCUUCCAUGGACAGUGUUCCGGGGGAGAAAGGCGAGACCACAGAGGGUGCAGAGACGGCGACUGUGACGGAACCUCCAGCUCCUGAGAACGAGGAGAAGGUGACCGCGAGCGCAACUCGACAAGAACACGAACCACCCCCGAAGGUGGCUUCUCCUCCUCCUCAGGUUCUCAUCACACCCACAAUUGAUGAAUCUGAACCUAAAAAUUCCGAUAAGGCCCUCAACGACAUGCAGGAGGCCAGGAUCAAGCAGCUCGAGAACGAGUUGGCCGAAGCGCAACGGCAACACCAGGAGGAGGUGCAUGACUAUGUCGAGAAGCUCGACGCUGUUCAGGCUAAGCUGCAAUACCUCUCUCGGGAAACGACGGAUGCCGCUAGAAAGGCGGUUCAAAGCGCCCCAGGCGGGAGCGCCGAGAAGAAACUCGCCGAGAAGGACCUGCAAAUUGCACAGCUCAUGGAGGAGGGAAAGAAACUCGGUGUCACUGAGCAAAAACACCGGACUAUCAUGAAAAAGUUCCGCACGACUAUCACAGAGCACGAGAAGGAGAUCAACGACCUAAAGACGUCACGAACUAAGGUCCAGGCAGAGCUGGACGGUGCAAAGCGACGGCUGAAACGCGUCGAUGAGCUCGAAAAGACCGUUGCGGAGUCAGACAAGAAGUCUGCGCAACUACGCAAAGAGAUAGACAGCCUACGGUCAGAGAAUGCUGCAAAGGACAGGACCAUUGCGGACUUGAAGAAGCAGCUCAACCAGGCCAAGGAGCAUGCCAACAACCUCACCGCCAAGGUGAACGAAGAGGCUCUAGAGAAAGAGAGAAAGCGUGUCAGGGAACUCGAGGAGCAACUGUCCGACCUGCAAGUCGAGAAGAACCUUGCGGCGGAUAGGGCCAAAGCCCAAGCCAGCGACCUUAAGGAGAAGGCUGAGCGCGCCGCAGAGCGUGCCCGACUCAUCGAGGUCGAGAUGAAGGCCGAGGUUCAAGUGAUGGAGAGCAAGCUCGAGUCAAUGCGCGUUCGCGCGGAAGAAGCGUCUUCAGGGGCCAUUGGCGACUCACAAGCCAAGCUGCUACGACAGGUCGAGACUCUGCAGUCUCAGUAUGCCAUCGCGAGUGAGAAUUGGCAAGGCAUCGAGGCUACGCUGCUUGCGAGGAUAUCCAACCUUGAGAGGGAGAGGGAUGAGGCGCAAGAAAGGGAGUCCGAGAUGCGGAAGAAGGCCCGUACUGCUAAUCUGGCUGUCAAGCGCACUGAAGCGGAACUUGAGGAGGCUAGGGCUCAACUCCCUUCAGCCCAGGAUAAUGUCAAAUCAUACGAGUCGCAGAUAGAAGCGCUCAAGAAACGUGUCGAAGAGGCGGAAGCCGCCCUGCGAGAGGCCAGGGAAGACUUUGAGAAACAGAAAUCUUCGUGGAAAGAAGACAAAGACGAUAGGGAUCGGGGCGAAUGGCUAGAAGGCCUUCCAAACCCACCAUUCAAGAACAACAGCCGACCAGACUCGCCCUCGCUGCUCCAGCCAUCCAGGACAUGGAGCUCGGAUUUCCUGGGCCUCCAGCCGAACAAGCUUCGCAAGACAUCUACCCCAAGCAACGACGACCCGGCGGAGAGGUACCUCGCCCGCCGGCCGUCGGCGCAGCCGUCCACGAGGCCAUCCCUCCAGUCCGGCGGCUUCGCAGGGCUGCCGCACUCGCCGGGCCUGUUCAGCCCGAGCAUCGAGGCGCUGCCGACGCCGUCCGCCACCCACCCGCUCGAGCAGGACGACAUGUCGGAGCGCGAGACGACCGCCUCCCCGCAGCAGAUGGUGCAGGACAUGGUGUCGGUCUCGACCGUCGCGGCGGGCCCUUCGGUGCAGCUGGUCGAGCGCAUGAGCGCGGCGAUCCGGCGCCUCGAGAGCGAGAAGGUGGCGGCGCGCGAGGAGCUGGCGCGCAUCUCGAACCAGCGGGACGAGGCCCGCGCCGAGGUCCUGAGCCUCAUGAAGGAGGCGGACGCGGGCAAGGCGGCGCUCGACAGGGUCGGCGCGCUCGAGGCCGAGGUGGCCGAGGUCAAGGAGCGGUACGAGACGACGCUCGAGCUCCUGGGCGAGAAGAGCGAGCUCGUCGAGGAGCUCAGGGCCGACGUGCAGGAUGUCAAGGCCAUGUAUAGGGAUCUUGUGGAGAGCGCUGUUCGAUGA